AUCUACCUCAGCUAUUUCAUUAUUUUUAUUCUUCAGUGACACAACAAUCCUGAAAUUUGUUGCAACUUUUCCGUGAUUAUUAGAUCUUGGGCCGUGGUCAACACAAUACCUUACAAUUGAUACGGGUUGAUCAGCUAUCUAAAGCUAGAUCGAGGUUAUCAAUAGCAAUGGCUGGAGCUUCUUCAUCAUCCUCUAGUUUUGCUGAAAUCCUUACCGAAAUUCCUGAGCUUAGGGGUGAUAAUUUCAAAAUCUGGAAGGAACGAGUUCUUCUUCAUUUAGGCUGCGCCGACAUGGACUACGCAAUAAGGAAGGACGAACCUGCUGCAAUCACUGCGACUAGCACUGCUGCUCAGAUCGCACUAUAUGAGAAAUGGGAGCGGUCCAAUCGCCUCAGCAUCAUGUUCAUCAUGUCCAAGAUCCCUCUGGGAAUGCGUGGAUCGGUGGAGCAACCUGAGAAAGUCAAAGACUUGAUCAAACUGAUCGAUGAGCAGUUCGACACUUCGGACAAACCACUUUACAACAACCUCAUCCACCAGUUCUCAUCCACAAAACUCACCGGUGUCAAAGGAGUUAGAGAACAUAUUUCAAAGAUGAGGGACAUUUCUGCUCAACUGAAGAAACUCGAUGUAGUCAUUCCUGAAACCUUCCUGGUCCACUACAUCCUUAACCAUCUUCCACCUCAAUAUGGGCCUUUCAAAAUUUCCUACAACACACAUAAGGACAAAUGGACUAUCAAUGAACUGAUAACCAUGUGUGCUCAAGAAGAAGCAAGGCUCCUGCAGGAACAAGGUGAAAGUGCUCACAUGGCCACCCAAGGCAAGAAACGCAAACCAUCCAAGAAGGACAAGGGGAAAAAUAAAGUGCCUCCCCAAGGCGAUAUAAAGAAGGAUUCCAUCAAAUGUUUUUUCUGCAAAAAGAAGGGACAUGCGAAAAAGGAAUGCGCCAAGUUCAAGAAAUGGAUGGACGACAAAGGGUUUACAAAACCUAAGGAAGCCAGUGGGAAGUGAGCAAAGCAUCUUAUCUGGAAACAAGAUGGGCUCACAUGUGGAGGCUAUAGGAACGUGCCAUUUAGUUUUAAGUAGCGGUUUUGUUUUAAAGUUAGAAAAGACAUUUUAUGUACCAAGUUUCUCUAGAAACUUGAUUUCCGUUUCAAGACUUGUACCUUUUGGUUUUUCCUUUACAUUUUCAGACAAAUCUUUUAAUUUAUAUAAUAAAUCUGAAUGUGUUGGAAAUGGUAUUUUGUCUGAUG